UCGCGGUCGUCAUCCUCGCUCCUCUUUCUUCUUCGAUUCGCAGACAUGGGUUACGACGGCAAGGCUGAAGAGUCCAACCGGCGACGAUUUACAGAGGCGACAACGGGGAGCGUUAUGCGAACCUCGAACUAGCGAGCUCCGACGAUGUCUGGCCAAAUCCGAGCAUCAACUCCAGCCAAUUCUUCUCUAGGCAAAUCAGCAACGCGACAGCGCUCAAUCCAACGGCGAGUUCCGGCAGCGAUGCCGGUGACUGACCAAAGUGGACCAGCAACAUUUUCUGCCGGCAACCCCUUGUCCAGCGACCUCUGUUCCGGUGAAGUCCAGCAGCUCUGGCAGAGUAACAGCCAGUAUCCAGUGGCGGUAGUGAGCCGGUAACUCUCCGGCGAACUGACAACCGUGGUCACCCAGCAACUCCGGCGACCUCCGGGCCAUGAAGGUGAGAUUCGGGCAGUGAAUUUUGACCAUGGACAGUGAGGAUGAGAUCGAGCAACAACAAUGACAUAUCCGGGCGGGCUUGGGCAGUGACGGACUUGCUUGGGCAGCAAUACCGGACUGUGUAUGACGCCGUCUACCCUCCGUUUGGGUCAAGUUCUCUCUCUUACCAUCUAGGUUUGAAAUUCCGUUUAUAAUUGUUAUCGUGGUUGAUUUAUGUGAUUUAUUUGUGUGAUUGUUGAUUGUGGUCUGAUGAUUGUUGUCGUUGAAUCGAAAAGGGGUAGUAUGUAUGACUUAACCCAAUCUAUGUUUUUGGAGGUGUUCAUGAUGCUGUUAUGGAAAAUACGAAUUAACAAACAUCUUUUUUUUGCUUUGAAUGUAUGGUGCUGGAUUUUGUGGCCUA